AUGGAGCUUACCCCAACAGCAUUUGUUCCGAAGCCGAUUCGUAUUGUCGUCAUAGGUGCUGGGAUAUCGGGCAUCCAGUUCUUGAAGGACGUAACCACGCGAUUGCCAAACGUCAACAUCACGGUUUAUGACAAGAACAGUCAAGAAGGAGGAACUUGGGCUGAGAACAGAUAUCCUGGGUGUGCAUGCGAGAUCCCAUCCCACGCCUACCAGUACAGCUGGAACCCCAACCCCCGUUGGAGCCGCCUGUAUGCCGAGGCGGCUGAAAUCUUGGACUAUCUCAAAUCAACGGUGACUAAGUUCGAUCUCAGACGAUAUAUUCAAUUCGGUACAACCCGCACCGGGGCAAACUGGGAUGAGAAGAACUCUGAAUGGAACGUUUCUCUGCAAAGCAACGGGAUUACUAAUAAUGAAGUCUCGGUCAAGUGUGAUGUUUUUGUCAUUGCUGUCGGAAGGCUGAACAACUGGAAGCUACCAGACAUAGAUGGUCUCGAUAUGUUCCAGGGGCGUGUGAUACACACGGCAAACUGGCCCCAAGGCCUAGACUAUCGUGGCAAAGAUGUAGCUGUCAUAGGAAAUGGGGCCAGUUCAACCCAAUGUUUAGCUAGCUUACGCAAAGACGCGAGAUCCAUCACUAACUUUGUUCGUGGACCAACAUGGCUGGUUCCGCAUGUAUUUUCUAGCAAUGGAGAACCGCAGGUCAAUUGUCAGCAUUAUCUACCCUACACACAAGCCCGAACCACCUCUGACAGGCGGACAGAUUCCCACGAUACUAUCAAGAAAUUCGAGACCGAGCCCGAUUCGUACCUUCAAUUCCGCCUAAAGAUCGAGAAAAAGCUGGCCUAUAGCUUCAGAGGUCUCUGGGCCAACUCGAACGCUGCUAAAGAAUUCACUCAAAAUGCAAAGCAGCACAUGACCAAUAAAAUUAACGAUCAACAGACUUUGAAGGCUCUUCUUCCUACCGAGUAUAAAGCUGGUUGUCGUCGCUUCACGCCUGCCGAUAAGUAUUUGGAGGCUCUAGACCAGUCAAAUGUAGAGCUCGUUUCAACCCCAAUCAAGCAGGUGGAGGGAAAUGCUAUCAUCACGACUGAUAACAAACGGCGAACAUAUGACAUGAUCGUCUGUGGCACAGGCUUUGAGCCAUACGCGCCGAGGUUUCCGAUCAAAGGGAGCGGAACAGCUAACUUGUCAGAGCUAUGGUCAACGGAUGGGGGCUAUGAGAGUUACUUGGCAGCAACAGUCGCUGGUUUCCCCAACUUUUUCGUGUUUAAUCCACCUAUCUGUCCUGUUAAUGGUUCAGCGUACCCUGGGAUUGAGCGUACGAGUGAUUACAUCAUCAGAGUCAUCGACAGGCUACAGAAGGAUCACUUAAGGUCAGUCUGUAUCAAAAAAUCAGCCCAGGACGCCUUCAACCGCUGGGUUCAAUCACGCAUGCCAGAGAUGGUAUGGUCGGAGCCAUGCUCAUCGUGGUAUAAGUCCAACGAAAAGGUAAUUGUUCCAUGGCCAGGAACAAUACUUCACUACUACGCCGCAACUGAAAUAGUGCGAUGGGAGGACUACGAUCUCAAGUUUGAAGAGGAUGACCAAAAGUUUGCAAGUUUCGGGAAUGGUAUUACAGUAGAAGGAUUCACUCCGCAAAGUAUACCUUGGCUUUAA